GACGUCAGCUCAUUGUCGCAUACGGCUGCUGCGGGGAAGGACGAAGUUAUUGGAAGCUCUCGUAUAAUCUGUCAACAGCGUCUGACAAGCGUAUACAUUUACCUGACCACCGACUUGUUUCGUGAUAUUGAGGACAAAGGUUAUUCUGCCAACCAACAUGGGUCGCGUCUCUGACUGGAUUGUGUCAUCCUUUCAGUUAUGUAUAUCGUGUGUAUCUGGGAAUGAUGUCGAUGUAAGACCGGCAAAAGCCAAGAACAGAAAGCCACGGAAAUUCUGGAUGAUCAAGUCUGCCGCUGUCUCGCCACAGCAUGUUUAUCCUAAAGAAAAAUCAACAACUAAUGUCAGCAGAACACAUGCAGGAGAUUUCCCAUGUACUAAGGGUAGACCACUCCCAAAGCCUUUCACCUCUGGAUGUAAACGAGGCAAAGUAGACCCUGCCAAGGCUACCAAGAAGAUAAAGGGAGCUCAUCCAUGCAAGGGCUGCGUCAACGCUCAGCACGACCCAUACAAGAUCAAACUGCGUCUCUCUUCAAAAGUACACCAGCGUAAUGCCGAUGAACACGUGUCUGCUAACGCUGGAGAUAAAGACUUGGUGAUGAAGAGGAUUGACCAAGAGGUUCGUGAGAAGGUUGACAAAAUGUUCGGAAAAUCAGAAACAGUUGGGACAUUCACGAACAGAUCAAACGGCAGAGUGGCAGAUAGCAAGUCAAAAAAGAAUGGACUCCACCCUAAGCCAAUGAAACCAAGCUGUGCGCCAGGAUAUGUAAGAACCGGUAGUCAACCCCGCAGAAAAGAUGGCAUUAAACAUAUGGAUGAAAGGAUUGCCACUGGCAGGAGGUGCAUGAAGGGGUCUAGGUCAGCUGUUACCGGUGGAGAAGAUCACAUUGAAGGUUAUUGCAGUCAUGAUGAUGAUGACGACAUCGUCAUUGGCAACUCAACACCAGUGUCAUGUUCUUACAAGGAGAAGUGCAGUGUACCCUUAAAUCCAGAUGAAGAUUAUGAUGAUGAUGACGAUAUCGUCAUUGGCAACUCAACACCAGUGCCAUGUUCUUAUAAGCAAAAGUGCAGUGUUCCUUUAAAUCCAGAUGAUGAUCAUGAUGAUGAUGACGAUAUCGUCAUUGGCAACUCAACACCAGUGCCAUGCUCUUAUACGCAGAAGGGCAGUGUACCUUUAAGCCCAGAUGAUGAUCAUGAUGAUGAUGAUGAUAUCGUCAUUGGCAACUCAACACCAGUGCCAUGUUCUUAUAAGCAGAAGUGCAGUGUACCUUUAAACCGAGAUGAUGAUCAUGAUGAUGAUGACGAUAUCGUCAUUAGAAAUUCAACACCAAUGCCAUGCUCUUACAAGCAGAGGUGCAGUGUACCUUUAAAUGCAAUUGAAUAUGAUGAUGAUGAUGAUGAUGAUGUUGAUGAUGAUGAUGAUAAUGAUGACCAUAUCGUCACUGGUAACUCAAAUCUCUCAGAAGUUGAAGAUAACGAGACCAAGAUGCCUACACUUCCAAAAACACCGGGAUUUGCAGCCACGAUUAUAGACAUUGCAAAUGUUCUUGGUGAAAUGAAAUCUCAUAGUUGCAGCUCUCAACAAAGUCAACGUCAUAUGGUUAACAUGCUGUAUGGCGGAGGUUCAGCUGUCAGCAAUGUUAACACCGGAGCACUGUCAGCCUUCCAGACCACCGAACACAGCACUGGGUAUGCAGUGGUUAUCAAAGAUCUGGCAAACAAACUUGGCGAGAUGAAGUCGACAGGUCAUGACGCUCAAUCCAAAAGGAAGAAACUCCAAACAUUCCUGCAAGCUGGUGAUAUCCCAAGUUAUUCACAGUUUCAGUCACUAGCCAGAGCAGGUCGUGAUUCCACGAUUAAGAAGGACAAAGAUGGUGUGACGACAUUGAGCUCCGAGGAUUCACAUCCAAUAAUUGGCACAGAACAUGUUAAUGCCGGGAUCACGGAGCCAACUAAGACAAGGAAGCCUCAUUCGAAGCGCACACUGUCUGGCCAAAAGCAGAUAUCAUCCAGACAUGCCACAGAACCAAUGAGAAGAGAAUUCAUGUCUGACCUCGAUAAGCUACUAGACGAGGCUGAGAGAAUAGCUUGAUCUGUGUUUGAGAACUAAAAUGCAAGAAGAUGGAAUCUUGACAGCAAGCACUUGAUACAGUGUAGAUAGUUACCAUUUCGUAGGGAAAUUGGAUUUGAUUAGUAGUGAAUAAUUGCAAUUACAUAAGUAAAGAAUGUAAUGUUUACACUGUUCCUGAUAUGUUGUCAUAAUGAAUACACAAGAAGAUUAUAUUUAUGUACUCUGUUGUUGUCACGAGUGAUUAAACAGUUGU